ACAAUCCGGAAGUGGACCUUUUUCAGCCGAAAAACAAAACAUUCGUGGGUGGCGUUGAGUUAUUCAAUCUGGACUGACGGCACUUAGGUACACUGGAGUGGCUGCUUCGUACAGUGUACCGCAUUACUCGACAGUUAUACCCGGGCUGUAGCACGAUGCUGAGCGCCGCCGCCGCGGAGAGGAACAAGGAGCCCAUCCUGGCGGUGCUCCUGGAGAGCGUGAACACCGGGAGACCCCUGCAGGCUCUGGAGAUCUCCUCCGGUACCGGCCAACAUGUCACACACUUCGCUCAGGCCCUGCGGAAUAUCAUCUGGCAGCCAUCAGAGUACGACCGGCAGUCUCUAGCCAGUAUAGAAGCGUACAGAGCCCACUACCAGCUGCACAAUGUGAAGCCUGCCAUCCACCUGGAUGCUUCUCUGCCUCACCAGUACUGGGGAGGGAUCCCGCCAGAGAGCCUGGAUCUGGUAGUCAACAUCAACAUGAUCCACAUUUCUCCAGUGGCUUGCACUGAGGGUUUAUUCAAAGGGGCUGGAGCAUUGCUGAAGCCGCAAGGUCUUUUACUGACAUAUGGGCCUUAUGCAGUGAAUGGUCAGAUCACCCCUCAAAGUAAUGUUGACUUUGACUACAGCCUACGGCAGAGGAACCCAGAGUGGGGACUUAGGGAUAUCUCCUUCCUCAAUACUAUAGCACAAAGAAAUGGUUUAUUCCUGGAGAAAAUAAUGGACAUGCCGGCAAACAACAAGUGUCUUCUGUUCAGGAAGGAGAGUUUGGUGUGAAGUAUCCUGUUGUUCCGGAGCAGGAGGGUUAAAACGCCUUAACUUACACUUGAAGCUCAGACACAUUGCCAACAUUUCCAGAACUGUUAAUGAAUCGUUUCCCCAUAUUCUAUUGUUUAAUCAAAACAGAAAUAAUGUAAUCUAUUAUACACUAUGUAUUCUUCUGUAUUGCACACUUGAGUAAAAUGAACAAGGCUCACGUA